AUGGGAGAAAGAAAGUCUACACCUCCUGCAUCACCAAUCAAUCCAAUAAUUCAUAUUCACGAUGAUCCUAAGAAGACACCUAAAGAACAACCAAAGAAAGCCACUACUUCGAGUUCAAGCCACGGAUUUCCAAAGGUCAUUGGUGAAUAUCCAGAAGAUCUUCCGGAAGCCAAAGCUGAAGCUGAAUGUGAAGAGUUUAAAGAAAAGCUUGAAGCUGCUAAAGCUGAAAAUGUUGCUUUGAAAAAGGAUUUAGAAGAUCAUGCAGAAGUUAUUGAUCAACUUUCAGAAGAGCUUGAUGAACAUGCUAAAGUGAUUGAUCGAAUCACAGAAGAGUUUGAUGAAGUGAAUGUUAAGUACGAGACUGUGAAUGAAGCCAACAAGACACUACACCAAAUGACUGGAGAGUUACAUGAAACUACAUCAAACGAGAAUGAAGUGUUGAGAAAAGAAAUAGAAGCCUUAAGGGCUGACAAAGUAGUAAAGGACGAGCAGUUGAAUAUGUUAUACACUAUUAUUGAGCACAAGCUUGGAUUCAAUGUUCAAGUUGUGUUUAAUGAAUUAGAGAUUCAGAGGGUUGAAGCUAGAAGAGUUGAAAGAGAGAAGCAGUUGGCUGAAGAAGCUAAGCAGAAGAAGAAAGGUGUGGUGAUUGACAAAGAGGAGAUUCUUGGAUCUUCAAGCCAACCAGAUCCAUUUCUAGAUGAAGGUACUAAAGAUGAUAAUCCACUUGCUCUUGUUGCUGUUAGUGAUGUUGUAGACGUUACUCCAGGAGAAAUAAAGUUGAGUAGACGAAAGAUAAUUGAGAAACGUCAUGAAGAAGAAGAGAAAGAGGAAGAAGAGGAUCCAGAGUUGAAAGAUUGGUUCAAUGCAAUUGAUAGCUAUGAUGCUAAUAAUGAUAAUGAUGACGAUGAUGAUCAAGGGGCGACAGGGUUGUUAAUUGUGAAGCCUUCUAAUCAACAUACGCUUGAUGACUUCUAG